UGUUACUUUAUCCACACAUUUCGAAGAACAAUAAAUAGAGCCGCGUUUCGGGUUUUCACUGAAUCGCAAGAUGGAUUCCUUCACGGUAGCGACGCUUCUGGUGGUGUGCUUAGCAUUCUACCGAAUGAUCAACUUUGCAGUCAAGGUGUUAAAAACUUUACUGUUCUCUGAUUACCCGUCUAACGCUGAGGAACUACCAAGUCUGCCUUUCAUAGGCCACGCGUAUCUCGUUAUUGGCAGCACUGAUGCUAUCUUGAGCCGGAUACUUGAAUUGGGAAAAAUGUAUCCUACAUCGUUCCCUUUCGCGUUGGGACACUAUUCAUUUUUCCUGAUAACUUGUCCUGAACAUAUGAAGGAGGUAAUUCUGAGUCCGAAGACCAUCGAGAAAAGCUUCUUCUACAAGUUCGGGCGAUCCUGGGGGGGUAACGGAUUAGUCACGGCUCCUGCGUCACUGUGGAAAGUGCACCGGAAGCUGCUUCAGCCCUCCUUUAAUUCCAUGGCUCUCAAGUCUUUCGUGGGAACCUUUGCCACCCAGUCAGUGAUACUGGCCCAGAAGAUGGAGCAGCACUUGGACGGACUGGAAUUCGAAAUCUACAGAUACGUUUCGCUGUGUACAUUGGACGCAAUCUGUGCGACGGCUAUGGGCAUUAAUAUGAAAGCACAGGAGAGCGGGUGCUGUCAGUAUGGCGAAGCAGUACGUAAGGUGCUGUUUGGUUUCGCCAAACGAACCGUCAGACCUUGGCUGUAUCCAGACUCCAUUUUCUACCGUACGCAACUUGGCAAGGACGAAAGGAAACACAUCGAGUUCAUAUACAACGUAGGUGACAACGUGAUCCGACAGCAGAAAGCAAAAAUCGUCCGGCGUAGUGAUCAACGGGUAUCAGCCAAUAACGAACAAGAUUCUUUUGAUAAUGCCGCGGCUGGACCUCAGACACUGGUAGAAAAUCUCCUAAGACAAUCGAUCGACAACAAAACGCUGACGGAUAAAGAUACCCGGGAUCAUGUUCAUACGGUGAUCGGAGCUGCCAGUGAUACAACGGCCAUCACGUUGAACUACUUGAUGUUGAUGCUGGCAUCCCACCAAGACAUUCAGGACAAAGUGUACCAGGAAUUAUGCGACAUAUUCGGAGAACAUGUAUCGGACGACGACAGUGAAGAGGUGCACUUCACGAUGGAAGCCCUAACGAGAAUGACGUACAUGGAGAGAGUGAUCAAAGAAACUAUGCGCCUGUUCCCGGCUGUGCCCGUAAUCGGCCGCAAGGCAACGGACGAUUUUGAUUUAGGACAGCGUACUUUGCCGAGAGAGACUGAGUUCCUUCUCAACAUUCUCGGAGUUCAUAGGAGUGAGAAAUACUGGCCCGAUCCUCUGAAAUUCGAUCCAGACAGAUUCUUACCCGAAAGAUUGGCGAGACAGCAACCGUACUCGUACUUACCAUUUCUUGGAGGACGAAGAAAUUGUAUCGGAUCGAAGUACGCCAUGAUGUCGAUGAAGACAAUCGUCGCAACGGUUCUCCGGAAAUAUGUUUUGAUCAAGGAUAAAGUAAUACCAAUCAAAGAUAUACGACUGGCGUUCGAUAUUUUACUGAGAUCUGUUGAUCCUGUUACAUUGAGGAUUCGAAGACGCGUAAAAUAGCAAGCUUUCCGACGAGGCAAUAUUGACUGCAUAAUACUGCCCACAUACGGGUAUCAAUUAUGUUUUGUAUUAUAGAUUACAAAUAAAAU